AUGUCCGGUUUCACGGAGCAUACCAUAUUUUGGCUUACGCUAUCUAAAUCACAAGACCGUUGUAUCGAGUCCGGUGGCAUCUACGGCAAUUCGGAGAAGCAACAACAAUUGAUGAAGGCAAAGAUUUUGGGAAAGUGUAACACAUUGACCGACCAUGACAUAACAUCAGAAAAGCGGCUCGACGAAGAGUUGGUCAAAUGGCGGAAUAAAGCGGACGGAUAUUUGAGGUACACGUACGCAAAUGGGAAGGAUCUCCUCUUCUCUAUUGAAAAGGAGAGAGAUGACAAUGAGGAGGUCGCGAAGGCACUUCAGUCACCACAACCGGUGGACCUUUGGGCCUACAGGAGAUAUGCAAUGGUGCAAGACGAGUGGGAUCGCCUUAUGAUAGAGGGUGUCGCAACGCCAGAGCUACCCGUGACGCCGGAGCGCAUCGUGCUCGAAGAUCCUGUAACUCUCGAGAAUAAAGUGCUCGACCCCAUGAUAAGGGGUAAUGGUCACCCGAGCCUCCCAUUUUGGGAUGACUUCAAGAGCUUUAUAAGUAAGGACAAAGCCAUCAUCCACGCAAAAGUCGAACUUUAUAAGAAGCGGAGUAGUCGCUGGACUCCAACUCCACCGCCGAUGGAGGGAGAGCACGGCGCUUGGUUUGGAAUCGUCCGGAUCGAAUGCCCUAUCAAGGACGGGGACGAAGGAGAGAAUCCGCGUUAUGUCCUGGCACGUUUCUACACUGUUUUUCCAUACCGUCAGCUCCGGGACUUUGAAGGGUAUGAAUCAGAGUCAAGUCCCAAGGUCAGCAAGCUUCAUACCACCACAGAACUAGUACAGUCUUCGCGUAAAAUGGCCGUCAACAAAGACCUCAACCCAGACAAGGACCUCGUUUACUUAGAAGUAACCUACACCACGAAGAUCGAUCUAAUCGGGCCCUACUUGAUCACCGACCACGGCCUCGAUGCGGCACGGAAGCGCCUCUUCAAACUCUGCAAACUGAACAUCGAAGGCACGAACGAAAUCCUACUUGCAUAG